ACCUCUUCUCAAGAACAUGACGAAAACAUUCUUCGAAUGCGCCAUUACUUUCGUCAGAUAAAGACGAAAAUCAUUGGUUGUUUACUGAGAUGCCACUUGAUAGAUGCGAAAAAAAGUCGAAGAUUACGUUUGACAUAGUAAUACCUGGUGCUCAUUGUUACUUUGGAAUUGACGAAAUACAAUUCUCUAUUGAACCGUGUUUAACUUUCCAACAAGGUGGUUCUGCCUGGAUGCGAAAAUCCGGCAAAUUAUUCAAAACGUCCAAAAAGCAAAACAGCGAUGGAUCCAUCACUGCAUUCUACCACAGUCGCCUUUCAUCCUCACUCAAUCAUGGUUCUCCGACGAGAACACCAAGCUUCAUAGACGUAAUAUCUCCAGAUCUCGUAAAUUACAUCGUUUCGAAUGCCAAGCCCUCAAAUCACUCUGAAAUUAGCGUUGGAGCAAGAGUAUUUGUUGAAAACAAUCCGGACACUGCAUCUCUGGGAACCGUGAUUAUGAAAGAUGAAACCCCAUCAAAAUACAAGUUAACUGCACGACUUGAUUGCAAUGGUUCGGAUAUUGACGUUUUGAAUAGAAAGGUGUACCUUCUUCCCUAUCAGUUAGAUAGACAUGGUCCAAAAUGGCGAACCACAAAUCGCUGCCUGGAACAGUACAAAAGUUCUUGUGUUUUUUUUACGAACUCGCUUAAUUGGUUUGACGCUGCAGACUACUGUAAAGCACGUGGGGCGGAAUUAGGUAAAAUCUACUCCGAAGACGAAGAAAAAAAUUAUAAAACCUUGUAUUCAAAAAAUUUGCCAUUUUGGGUUGGCUAUCACGGGCAUAAACAUCGGGGGAAGAAAUUCGUAUGGAAUGACGACAGUGAGGAUGUCUUUAACAAACUGAGCAACAAGAGUUUAAAAAAUGGAUUAUCAGCCGGAUUAUGUUCACUGGUCACAAAAGAUCCAUUAUGGCAACGAACCAAUUGCAGCGAGGCUCAUUCUGUUUUAUGCACCCAGCCAGGGAGGCAAUUGAAGAUCCUAAAUUAUUGUGAUAGCAGGGAGGAUGUCCAAAAGCUCUCUUGCGAGAUUUCAAAAACUGUGCUGCUGAUCAAGAAGGCAGAACUUGACGCAGUUACUGACGAAAUGCCCGUCAUUAAAAAUAAAAACUGUUCUCAAUUGUACAUUUCUUCUAAACAUCACCUCCUCGCGGAAAUAAAGGCAAUGUGUCAAGGGAGACGUGAAUGCAAUAUAUCUGUAAAGUCAAUAACAAAUGAUCCAUGCCCGUUGGAGAGAAAACGCAUAAAUAUUGAGUAUAAAUGUUUGGUUCAGUCAAGAGGUUAUCCUGUGCUUGCAGAAAGAAAUUCCGCAUUCAGUCCAAGAGAAUGGAAGAAAUUUCGCGCAAGUUACUACAAAGCGGAUGCACGCAAAACCAUCUGGAAAGAAGCUAGAGCAAUCUGUGAAAUGGAAAGAGGAGCGACACUAGUUUCCAUUGAAGAUAAACAAGAAGAAAAUUAUGUGAUGAACCUUAUGAGUUCUAUUGGCCUGAAUGUUUCUCACAUUGGACUAACAGCAAAAGAAUACCCUGGAAAUUUCGAGUGGCUGGAUGGUAGCAAGAGUUCUUACAGGAAUUGGGUGAAUGACACCGUUAAGAGUUUUGCUGGUGAACCAAUUUUUGUUGCGGUUGGUUUUAAAGGUUGGCUUCAGUCAUUUGGAAAUUAUACAGCUGGUUUUAUUUGCAAAUAUACUCCAGGUGUUGGGGGUUGUGAUUUUGAAACUGGUUGGUGUGGCUGGAAGGAUACAUCAGCAGAAAGCUGUUGUCCCUGGAGCCGUUCAAAAGGCAUUGAUGACACAUCCACAAAAAGCACACUGUCCGGUGUCUACAAAACAGAGCAGACCUCAGACGUCUAUAUCUACCAGUUCCUAAAUGAAGAAAGAAAGGAUAUCUUCUUUAAAGUGGACAGACCGAAAGAAAUGAAUCGCCUGACGUUAUGUCUUUGGGUGUAUGUUGAUAACAAGAGUAUCAGUGGAGCGACUAUCGUUUUGUUUGGCAAAAAACUUGGGGUGAAAAUAUAUUAUGAGAAAGAUCUCAAAUUUGUUGUGGGGUUUUACGAUUGGAAUGCCACUACAAACGCGACAGUCUCGAUUGAUUCUUGGCAACAUAUUUGUUUUUUGAUUGAUACUAUUGAAAAUUUGUGGAGUUUCUAUAAAGAUGGAGGUUUAACAGAUAUUGCUUUGUCAAGAGUAUCAAAAUUUUCCUCCGACGCACUUGAUACCGAUGAUAAUCAAGUAUUUUUAGGUCAAGAGACAAAAUGUUCAUUUGAAUGCAGCAAUUUUAAGCAAUUUUUUGGAAAGAUGACGAAACCUGUCAUGUGGUCAAAAAUAAUCGAUGCACACGAAAUCCUGGCUCUUUCUUCUGGCUGCGGUAUAUUCCGGGAAGCUGGUGAUAUGGAGAUUUACAAAAACUCUGAACUAGACAUGCAUGCAAAACUAGUGGAUCAUGGUGAAUGCACUGCUGGGAAAGGCUUUCGACUCCAAUGUCGAAAAAUCAGCAACGCUUCAACCAUAACGUUUCCUUCCGCAUCAACUUUGGUUUCCCCCUGGAUGAGGUCAUCUCUUUACAGUGUUCGUGGCAUUUGUAUGAAUUUCACAUAUCGCCUACUGGGGCUGGAUUCUCAAAUUGCUGUUUGGUUUGAACCAAGAAAUACUGUCAAAGAAAGGCUGUGGUCCGUUAAAAGUUCUAGAAAGCACGAUUUGUGGAAGAAUGGUCAGCUUUCCUUGGGACUUGUUUCAAGUUUCAGGGUUCACGUAACAGCGACAUUAUGGUCCAAUCUAAGCGAGGUCAAGGUGGAUAACAUUUUCUUUACAGAAGGUUAUUGUUCUCCAGUUCCUAAGAAUGCCCAAGAAUGGCAUACACAUGUGGCAAAUAGUUCCUCGGGAUAUUUAACCUCACCAUAUUAUCCCUCAGUUUACCUGAACAACAUGAAACGUUCUUGGAAAAUUGAAGUACCUCAAGACCAGCGUAUCAAUCUGACUGUUUUAUUCAUGAAUUUGGAAGAUGCCAAGCAUUGCAGUAGAGACUCGAUUGUUUUCAAAGACACUUUUUUUUCACGGAAAUAUACCUCUUAUUGUGGUAAUACUUUUCCGGUCGGGUAUUUAUCCACGCGUAAUGUUGUUUAUGUGACGUUCCAAUCAGAUGAAUCUCAAGUUCGAACAGGUUUUAAAAUCCACUACCAAGCGAUAUCGAUUGACAAGGAUUCUUGUCAAAAGAACGAUAUCAUAGAUUGUCCAUCAACACUACGUUGCCAUCCUUUCGGCCUAAAGAAGUCAAAAAUAUAUGUUUAUGCUGAAAACGUAUUACGAAUGCCAGAUUACUUUCCAGAGAAAACAACAGCAAUAAAUUUUGAUGGCAACGCCUUGGUAACAUUAACUACAUUCGUAAACCUUACGUCUUUGGAAUUCUUAAGUAUUAGCGACAACAAGUUAAUCUCAAUAGAUGAGAAGACUUUUCAUGAUUUGACAUCUUUAAGGGCACUACGAUUACCUUCAAAUUUUCUUAAAGACAUACCAAGAGAUGUUUUCCGAGCGGUAAAAUCUCUCGAAAUGCUAGAUUUGAGUAUGAACAGACUUUACAAGUUGGACAAGACAUUGUUCCUUGAUUUGAAUUAUCUUCGAUUGCUGAGUCUUCGAAAGAAUCGAAUUAGACUUCUGGAAGAUGGAAUGUUUUCUAAUCUUCGCAAGCUUCAAUAUCUGUAUCUUGAUGGUAAUGAUUUGUCAAAUUUGGGAAGUAAAGUGUUUAAUGCAAACUCUGCGUUGAGAACUUUGAUAUUAAAAAACAACAAAUUAAAAAAAGUUAAAAAAUCGUGGUUAAGAGGAAAGUUGUCACUUGUAACUUUAAAACUCCAGAAUAAUAAAAUAAAAUAA